UUCCACCGCUGCCUGCUGCUCCCCAGCAUCCAAGGGGCACCCGUAGCAUAGCCGCGCAUCGUUGCCAGCACUAUCCGACAUUCACCAUGGCUGACGAGAGGAGUUCCAAGGUCAGCAUGCCCGAGCGCAAGAGGAGCGGGAGCCCGGCCCAUGCUAACUCAUCAACCAAGCGGAUGAAAGUUGAAGACGACGACAAGAAGACCAUCGAAAACAACCCCUACCUGUCGCACUGGAAUGACAACAGCAAUGGCUACGCCAACGGGAAGCUCCCUGCCGGAUCUGCCUUGAACCACUUCAAGCGCCGCGAGACGACCUCUAACCAAGCCGCUAAAGCCGAAGAUGGCGACAAUAAUCCUUUUACUGGCGAGCCGCAUUCCGAACAGUAUUUCUCUAUCCUGAAGUCUCGCCGAAACCUGCCCGUACAUAAACAGAGGCAGGAGUUCCUCAAUGCGUACCAGAAGUCCCAGAUCCUCGUUUUCGUUGGUGAGACAGGUUCCGGAAAGACCACACAGAUCCCUCAAUAUGUCAUUUACGACGAGCUUCCCCAUCUCAAUCACAAGAUGGUUGCCUGUACCCAGCCAAGACGAGUUGCUGCCAUGUCGGUUGCUCAGCGUGUUGCUGACGAACUUGAUGUCAACCUUGGUGAAGAAGUUGGUUAUAGCAUCCGUUUCGAGGAUAAAACAAGUUCAAAGACUAUUCUGAAGUAUAUGACGGAUGGUAUGCUCUUGAGAGAAGCUAUGCACGAUCAUGCUCUCUCCCGAUAUAGCUGUAUUAUUCUUGACGAAGCUCACGAGCGUACCCUGGCCACCGAUAUCCUCAUGGCUCUAUUGAAGGGCAUUACUCAACGCAGGCCCGAUCUGAAGCUCAUUGUCAUGUCUGCAACUCUAGACGCUCAAAAGUUUCAAAGAUAUUUCUUCGAUGCACCUCUUCUCGUUGUACCGGGCCGAACUCACCCUGUUGAGAUUUUCUACACGCCAGAGCCCGAGAAAGAUUAUGUCGAAGGCGCAAUCCGGACAGUUCUACAGAUUCAUGCCGGCGAGGCCGAAGGGGAUAUUUUACUUUUCCUGACUGGAGAGGAAGAGAUUGAGGAUACGUGUCGCAAGAUCUCCCUUGAAGUCGAUGAGCUUGUCAGGGAGACUGACUGUGGCCCAAUGGCUGUAUAUCCUCUCUACGGAACAUUACCCCCGCACCAGCAGCAGAAGAUCUUCGACCCACCCCCGGCACCUUUCAGAAAGGGUGGCCGUCCCGGCCGUAAAUGUAUCAUUUCGACCAAUAUUGCCGAGACCAGUUUGACCAUUGAUGGUAUUGUUUACGUCGUCGACCCUGGAUUUAGCAAGCAAAAGAUUUACAACCCGAGAUUAAGAGUAGAGUCGCUUCUUGUAUCAGCAAUCUCCAAGGCUUCGGCUCAACAACGAGCUGGUCGAGCUGGUCGUACGAAGCCCGGAAAGUGUUUCCGUCUCUACACCGAAAAGGCCUUUAAGGAAGAACUCAUUGAACAAACGUAUCCUGAAAUUCUCCGUUCCAAUCUUGCAAACACGGUCCUGGAAUUGAAGAAGCUUGGCGUGGAAGAUUUAGUUCAUUUUGAUCUGAUGGACCCCCCUGCCCCUGAGACUAUGAUGCGUGCGCUUGAAGAACUGAACUAUCUAGCCUGUCUAGAUGAUGAGGGUGAACUAACGCAGCUAGGGAGUUUGGCGUCUGAAUUUCCCCUUGACCCAGCUCUGGCAGUGAUGCUGAUCUCAAGCCCCGAGUUCUACUGUUCCAACGAGAUACUGUCUCUUACCGCGCUUUUGUCGGUCCCUCAGAUCUUUGUGCGACCAGCACAAAAAAGGCGAGAGGCUGAUGAAAUGAAGAACCUCUUCAAACAUAACGACGGCGAUCAUCUCACUAUGUUGAACGUUUACCACGCCUUUAAAGGCGUCUUGGGGCGUGGAGAAGACAGCAAGAAAUGGUGCCACCAACAUUACCUUUCUUUCCGUCACCUCUCAAGCGCAGACAACGUGCGAGCCCAACUCAAGCGUAUCAUGGAAACCCAUAGUCUCGACCUAGUUAGUACCGAUUUCAACGACAGAGACUACUAUACCAAUAUUCGCCGAGCCCUGGUCGCGGGCUUCUUCAUGCAGGUAGCCAAGCGCGAAAACAACAAAAUAUAUCGAACUUUGAAGGAUAACAACUCCGCCGUGAUGCUGCACCCGAGCACAGUCCUUGGUGCCGACUACGAAUGGGUUAUCUACAACGAGUUCGUACUAACAUCGAAGCAAUAUGUCCGAACAGUUACUGGCAUUCGACCUGAAUGGCUACUGGAAUUGGCUCCUCAGUACUACGAUCUAGAGUCAUGGGAAGGACAGAAAGAUGUCAAGCAGGCCCUGAAGGCCGUCGCAGACAAGAUGAGAAGGCGCGCAGCAAUGAAGGCCGGUCGCUAAUCUCUGCUUAUUACUACAUUACCUCGAUGUGACAGUAUUACACCCCCCAUGCCACGUGGAAAGUCCAGCAGGAAGGGACUUCUACGCCAUG